AUGUUGGCAACCGCGACCAGAGGUCCACUUUCUUCCUACAUGUCCCUUUUGACCGCCUCUCCAUCUAUGCCGCCAUCGUUUGCCUCCCAUGAUUGGGGUAAUAGUGGGCGAGUUUCGCAUGGCCAAGAAAGUUUUCCCUACCGGAAUGGGGCGUUUGCUUGCCCAAUGCGGACGGGUUGUGGUGGUUUCACCCCUGUCCAAGCACGAGAAACCUCGCUCUCGAUUUAUCGCGACUGCGCACUAGCACAACUUUUAGCGUUGGAAGACCAGGUUUUCGCGGAUGUUUCUCCUCUUCUUUAUGUCGACCCGGUAUCGGAAGAUAAAGUCGAUGCUUCUAUGCGGGAUGUUUCCUUGACACGUCUAAGGUCGCUACACCGUGCGUACUAUGAUCUGUCUCCCGUUGUCUUCUGCAAGGCCGUUUGCUUGGUUGAUACUUUCAUCACUCGAGUGAAGGUCAAGCCGAAGUACAUGAUGUGCGUCGCUGCGGCUUGUUAUUAUAUCGCAUCAAAGUUCGAAACUGGCAAGCAAACGCAAUUAACCGUUGAAAGUCUUGUGUGCCUGACGCGCUGUGGUGGGUCGUCCUCUGAUUUGGUUCGUAUGGUGGACAUCAUUUUGACAAAGAUUGGCCCCUCAAAAGUUGCAGCCAUUGGUGCUUCAGCAGCGACCGCCCUCGAUUUCCUUUCACUCUUUCUGAACCCCGACGAGGAGCAUUCGGAGUAUUCAAGCCUCCCAACCUUCCUUGUUAGGCAGCUGGAGAUUGCGCUGUGCUCAACAAGUUCAGCACUUUUCCGACCAUCCUGUCUUGCUUUGGCUCUCUUGGCGUUAUACACCGAGAAUGCCCCCCUUGUUUGUACAGAAGAUUCUGAGUCUCCGGCCUUCCAUUCACUCCAGAGAAUCACCCUGAACUACUUAUUUACCUUGGCGAACCAUUAUAAUGUUGGUUGGGUCGACGUUGAUACUUGUUCUCGAGUACUUCUCGACAACGGCACACUCGAAAGUUACUCGGUCUCUCCAUCCAAGUCUCCAAUCAUGUCUUCGGAAGUAGUGUGGAACCUCUCUAGGAGAACCAGAUUAAAUCUCUUAGGCUCGACUCAGCCGUCACUGAGAACUAUAACCGAAGGGGUGGGGGAGGAGGACGAAUAA